AUGAGUACACAAAAUAGAGGUUCUUUAGUUGUCAUUGAAGGGUUGGAUAGAUCAGGAAAAUCAACCCAAUGUCAGUUAAUAUUGGAAAACUUGCAAGCCAAAGGCAAAAAGGUUCAACUCUACAAGUUUCCAGAUCGUAGUACCGCCAUUGGGAAAAAAAUUGAUGCAUAUUUAAAAGAAACUAGCCAGCUGAGUGAUCAAGUCAUUCACUUACUUUUCUCAGCGAACCGAUGGGAACUUAUUGACGAUAUCAAAUCAAAAAUUCAAUCUGGUGUAACUUGUGUUUUGGACCGUUAUGCCUUUUCUGGGAUUGCCUUCUCUGCAGCUAAAGGACUCAAUUGGGAAUGGUGCAAAAGUCCUGAUCGAGGAUUGCUACGUCCAGAUCUUGUAAUUUUCUUACAUGUUUCUCCCGAGAUUGCUGCAAAGCGUGGCCAGUACGGAGAGGAACGUUACGAGAACAUUGAGAUGCAGAAAAUGGUUGAGAAAAAUUUUGAGCGGAUUCAACGAGAAUACACAGAAGAGAAACUGAGCUUUGUAACCUUGGACGCUUCCAGCAGCCUUGAAACUGUCCACUCUCAAAUCAUUAACUUGAUAGAUAAAGUUGAUGUAUCUAGAGCUUUAGAGACUCUUUAG